AUGGGACAGGAAUUUAGAGCUAUUAUUUUAAAUAACUCAAGUGGCUGUUGUGAGGUGGUUAAGCGUCAGCUAUACAAAACAAAAAUGUGCCUCUUUUUACUAGAAGGGAAGUGCAGUAAAGGAAAUUUUUGCAGUUUUGCUCAUUCACAAGAACAGCUAAGACCUCUUCCUAAUUUAAAGUUCACCAAACUUUGUGAACUAAUAUCUUUGGGGCAAAAAUGUACUGAUAUUAAUUGUGCGUAUGCCCAUAAUAGGGAAGAUUUAAGAAUAACUAAUGAACAAUUAUAUAAAGUUAGACUUUGUAAUUUUAAUAAGAAAAAUAAGUGCUUAAAUGGGAUAUAUUGUCGGUUUGCCCAUGGAAGCUCAGAAUUACGAAACCAACAAAGUAUUCAAGAUAUCUGCAGCUUGAAAGAGAGUAUUCCAAGUUAUACAAAACAAAAACUUUAUACAACUUCUAGAAUUAAUCCUAAGAAAAGUACCCAAAGUAGCAUUACAAAUAGAAAAGAUGCAACUUCAUUGUCUAUAGAAGGGAAAUUUGGCAAUAUACAACCUCAGAAUCAAACAUUUCUAAGUAAUAAUAAUAGAGAUGGUCUAGAUAAGGAUAACAAUGAUACUUCACUAUUCCAAAAUAUUAAAUCCGAGUUUGGAUUAAGUCCAAGGUUCUCACCUAAAGACAAUAAAAAACCUUCAAAUCUAACCUUUAAUAAUAAAUUAGAAGAUGCAAGUAGUGUUCAACAAUCCCUUUCUAAUUGCAGUGUGCAAAUCGACGCAUUUCAUUCAAAUAAAAAUGACUUCACUUAUGCAAACCAGUUACCACCAGAUCUAUCGAAUAUAAUUUAUCAGGCUGGAGGGGCUUAUUUUAUAAAUAAUAGACUAGAUAAUAUGGAGGAAAAGGGUACUACACAACUACCAAUAUCCCAGGCAUUCUCAUAUUCCUUUGAGAUAUAUCCACAAUAA